AUCGACGGACGGACACAACAACUAUCCGAUGAAGACAUUAAAUUUCAUUGAAUGAGAAUUGCCGGUAAGGAAUGCUGUUUGUGUCCUGGUAUGAAACCAGUCUUGAUCUCACUAAGACUACUACUAAUUGGUUAAAUGACUGGUCGUUGCUGCGCUUGGUACAGACGCAGUACGUAUGCACUGCACUGUAUUUGCGACUUGGCUGUCAAAAGAAAGAGCUCAUAUUGAAAUGACUAUUUUAGAAAUGAUGGCCUAUGGAUCGUCUUCGUGCGCAAGGGUCGAGCAUCAUCGCGUAUCUAUCCAUAGCCCAUGUGAUCGUACCCCCGGAAAAGAAAUGGAAUCUGAAUAUCUGAUGAGUCAAACAAUGCCAAACCAUGGGAUAGAAUGAAUGCUAUACAAUGAAUUCAUCAGUCGGUGCCAAUUUAACGAAGGGGACGUUGGACGCUAGACACUAGAAGGUAGCGCGCAGAAGAUUGAAAAACCAGAUGCUGCCCGAAGGCGUUUGCAAGUCGAUCAUCUCCGAACUUCUCACGCGCUGGUAUUGCUCCCUUGGUGACGUGACAUGGUACAUGCAUCAAAGAGCAUGAUCAAGCUUUGUUUAUGGAGACAAUUGCAUUGUUUGGUUAGCUGCCGGAAAACAGCUCUUCGACCUGGAGAAGCCAUAGAUCACAUAACCAGCCGUUGGUGAGGCUUGCGUGAAGACUAAUAAUAAUAACAUCGCAGAGAAACGAAAAAAAGGUGCAAUCGUCAUCGAUUGGUCAUGGUCCGGGUUUAAUUUUGAGAUCGGUUUCCAGUACCUGGCAACGACGCGAGAGGCGGAUGCCGAACCAGCAUGAAGUACUUACUUAAUUAUUAUUAUUUAUUAAUAAUAAUAUUACCUAGGUACUGUACAUACAUCAACAACGCGCAACUCUGCUCCUAUCAACUUGAUCCUUUCCUAGUGGCGAUGCCCUAUAUACUAAUAAUAAGGCAGCAGUCGCAUUUAUUAACAACAAAAAAUUGUGGCAUUUACCGUUGGAUCAAGUUGGAAGAAAAUUGUCUCUUGGCGUUGCAGUAGAUCACAGAUCACGCAAUUUCAGGGUAGGUUGACGGCGUUUGCAGGGAUGAUGGCGAAUCCAAGAUUGCUGAAUAAGAUUAUGCUUCAGUCUAAGACAGUUGAUUGGUUGAAGUGACGUUUUAUGCAGCCCCCCUGCCCCCUGUCACAAGCAUGACUAAGCAGCUUAUUCCUUUUAUGCCCAGGCUAAACCCCCAGCGCGUCAUACUAUACUGCGUAGGGCUUCUUCCCCCCCUUUUGAGGCCGAAUUACGACAUGGUACCGCACAUCCAUGUACCCUGCAUGAGCUGCCCCGCUGUAACUUGCGACGGACGGGCCAUCGCUGGUACUUGGGACGGAGUAACGCGGAUGAGCCAAUGGUUGCUGCUUCCUGGGCUCGUUUUUGGGUUCUUCAAACCCGAUUAUCGAGUCUGUCUUGACCAGGAAACAAAACUAACAAAAAAGACAAAAAAAACCACAAAUCUUUUUUUAUCUCCACGACGACAAUCCGUGGUUAUCCCAUGUUGCUUUAGCCAGGAGUAAUUGUCAAGGCGGAUUAGAUCAUCGUCGCAAGCCGGGAGUCUGUCUGUUUUAAACCUUGCUUUUUUUUUUUUUUCCACCUUCUCUUUCUCUUCCUUUCUCUCUCUCCGUCUCUCUCUCCCCCUCUCUUUUUGUAGCUAUAAACUGUUUCAAUUCCUCCCUGCUCCUUCACCGGCUUGCAUCCUCUAGCUUUGUUUGCUGUGUUCUUGAUUGCUUUGUCGCAUCUUGGAACCCCAUUCUCCACUUCAUUACAGAUAGAUUGCUCAGAGCUCAAGCCCGCAGCCGUUGAAAAACAGCAUUAAUGGCUAACAAACCUCAUGGCGGGGUCCUAAAGGAUUUGCUCGCAAGAGAUGCGCCACGACAUGAUGAGCUGGAGGCUGAGGCUGAGACCCUGCCUGCCAUUGUUCUUAAUGAAAGACAACUCUGCGAUUUGGAGUUGAUUAUGAACGGCGGCUUCAGCCCCCUUGAAGGUUUCAUGAACGAGAAAGAUUACAAUGGCGUCGUCACCGAUGUUCGACUCGCAGACGGCAAUGUUUUCAGUAUCCCCAUCACCCUUGAUAUAUCCAGCAAGGAUAUCCAAGAUCUUGGUGUGAAGCCAGGAGCUCGUGUUACUCUCCGGGAUUUCAGAGAUGACCGCAACUUGGCGAUCCUGACUGUAGAAGAUGUUUAUAAGCCAGACAAACAGAAGGAAGCAAGGGAUGUUUUUGGCGGUGACGAAGAACAUCCUGCGAUUAAGUAUCUUUUUAGCAAGGUCGAGGAGUUUUAUGUUGGUGGAAAAGUUGAAGCUGUGAAUAAGCUCAACCACUAUGAUUAUGUAGCUCUGCGAUUCACACCCGCCGAAUUGCGAUCUCAUUUUGACAAGCUUGGCUGGACGAGAGUUGUUGCGUUCCAAACAAGAAAUCCUAUGCACAGAGCCCACCGCGAAUUAACAGUCCGAGCUGCCCGUGCUCGGCAUGCCAACGUCCUAAUUCACCCAGUAGUUGGCCUCACCAAGCCAGGUGACAUCGAUCACUUUACCCGUGUGCGUGUGUACGAGGCUAUUUUGCCCAGAUAUCCCAACGGAAUGGCUGUCCUCGGGCUUCUCCCCUUGGCUAUGCGGAUGGGCGGUCCUCGUGAAGCAAUCUGGCACGCAAUUAUCCGUAAAAAUCACGGAGCCACACAUUUCAUCGUCGGACGAGACCAUGCAGGCCCCGGAAAGAAUUCCAAGGGUGUCGAAUUUUAUGGCCCUUAUGAUGCCCAGCAUGCCGUCGAGAAAUACAAAGAUGAGCUUGGAAUCGACGUCGUUGAAUUCCAGCAGGUCACCUAUCUCCCAGAUACGGACGAGUAUAAACCCGUCGACGAAGUUCCCGCAGGUACCAAAACUCUGGACAUUAGCGGAACAGAGCUUCGAAAACGCCUCCGCACCGGCGGCCAUAUCCCCGAGUGGUUCUCAUACCCAGAAGUGGUCAGAGUACUACGCGAAUCAAAUCCUCCCCGAUCGACGCAAGGUUUCACCAUUUUCCUCACCGGCUAUCAAAACAGCGGCAAGGACGCUAUCGCCCGUGCCCUACAAGUUACACUAAAUCAACAGGGUGGCCGCCCCGUCUCCCUCCUCCUCGGCGACACAGUGCGCCACGAGCUUUCCUCAGAACUUGGCUUCUCCCGCGAGGACCGCCACAAGAACAUCCAGCGCAUCGCCUUCGUCGCUGCUGAGCUCACCAAGGCCGGUGCCGCCGUCAUCGCUGCUCCGAUCGCCCCGCAUGAGUUCAGCAGAGAAGCAGCUCGCGAUACCAUUUCGGCUGUCGGAAGCUUUUUCCUCGUCCACGUCGCAACGCCAUUAGAGUACGCUGAGAAGACUGAUAAGCGGGGUAUCUAUGCAAAGGCGAGACGGGGGGAGAUUAAGGGGUUUACCGGCGUGGAUGACCCCUAUGAGGCCCCCAGGGCCGCAGACCUCACAGUUAACGUUGAGAAGCAAACUGUAAGGUCUAUUGUUCAUGAAAUUAUUCUUAUGCUUGAGAGUCAGGGAUUUUUGGAUAGAUCUUAGAAUUUCUUUUGGAAAAUUUUAGAAUAACUUUUAUGUUUCUUGGUUCCUACCUUCUAUUUUUCUUUUCUCCGCUUCAUGUCACACAGCAGGAUAUAAAAUACGACAAAAAGUUGGAAGGAGGAAGGAUUUAUUCUUGGGAUGAUAUAAUAUAGAACUUCGAUCACCACCACGGCUGGUUUAGUGACCUUUUGCAUAAGAUUUUUGAGAGGUUUUAUCUACCUUUCAUCCUUUUGGCUUAGAUAUCCGGAAUACAUAGAUGUCAUAAAUACCUUGGGCAUCUUGCAAGAUAGAUUGAAGCCUGUCCUGGACUUCCUGAUGUUACGGCAUCACUGAAGAGCGGAAGAGUCAUGCUGCGUAGUUGCAAAUUCAUAAGCAGUUAAUAAAUAAAUAAUUUUAACAGACUUCUACUCAGUAUAUGUUUU